AUGGCACUUGCAAAUCAAGAUGAUGAAGAUGCUGCACAACUUAAAUUUCCAAAAGAAUUCGAUAAAGCUGAACCAAUGAUGAUAUCAGAAGUAUUACUUAUGCUUGAGCAACGUCGACAGCAAAAUUCCAAUGCGAAUGGUCUUGAUGAUGACGAUGAUGAAAUAACAUCAUCAGAAGCAUUUAAUGAUACAGUUGCUUAUUGUGAACGAUUCAGUAAAUUUAAAACAAAAGAAGCCAUCGGUGCUGUUCGAAAUUUACUUUUUCCAAAAGAUCAACCUAAUGGCAUGGGAUCAACAAAUCCAUCGUCGGGUUUACAUAAAUUUGAAGCUGCAUUACUUGCUAAUCUUUGUCCACAACAAGCCGUGGAAGCUAAAACAUUAAUUCCAUCUUUAGAUAGUAAACUAGAUGAUGAUGAAUGUCAGAAAAUUGUUGAUGAAAUUCAAACCUAUCGAAGUUUUCAAUGUUAA